UAGUCCUCAAGUGUUUGGAUGUUAGAGGAACGCAAACAAUUGUGAUGCGAAGUCGAAUUUCCGUUUUUGAGUUUUGCCGUGAUUUAUGAUAAUCUGCACUCUGCCUCAGUGUGCGACUUUUUGUUGUAUUUAAAACCUAACGAUUAUUUAGUUUUAUUCGAAUGAAUUAACUUCAGUCGGAAACGCCUCGGGUCAAAGUUUUUUAGGAUCAGCUGUGCUGGAUAUCAGGAAUUAGGUUAUUUGUUUGGAUGGAUUUUAGGCGCCAGUAUUAAGGAAGGUUACUGAACUUACUGUUUCUAGCCUUUUCUGGAUUAUUAUAAUUAAUUUAAAUGCAAGUUCUAUCAACUUUUCACGUGUUAUUUUCACUUUGGGUAUCUAUAAUGGAAUUCUAUACAGUUAAGAUUUAGUAUCGGAAUCUGGAUUUAUGUUUGCAGCUGAACUUUCUGUGUAUGCAAGUUUCUUUAAUUUCAAGCUUGACACAAAAUAAUCGGUAGCUAUGAAUAGGUAUUUGCUGUUGAUCCUGUUGUCCUCGUGGUCACUUCUGGUUACCAACUCUCUACAGUGUGAGACAGGAGUAGCUAACGUGGGUCAUGUGCUCAGUGUUCAGCGAUCCUUGAUGGCAAAUGCUGAUGUAGCGUUUCUGAAGUCGUACCAAGCACCAUCCGUUGAGCGUUGCAUGGAAGACUGCUGCUCCGGGAAGUAUGGUGCCUGUACUGUGGCCAGCUUCAAAAAGAAUACUACGAAAGACAACUGUCUACACUUUAAUUGCCUCCCUCUGACCAAAUGCAAAUUCCUGUCUUCCACGUCUAUUGACUCGUUCUCUUUUUCAUCAUCUCCCAUUAAAUUACAUCCGGUGCCUUCAAAUCAUUCUUCCAGUAAGAAUUCCACUACUACUACGACGACGACGACAACGUCUGAACCAGAACACCAAGCACAGUAUGGAAGUAAACAGAGUAGCACUACUGUUGAGGGAAUUCCAACAUUUACCGUAGAACAAUUUGCGAUGAAAAAUGACAAUACAACCAUCAAACCUCGCAAAGGCGUAGAAGAUUUGAUGCCUGAUGCACUUAUAAAAAGUAACUUCACGAGAUCAGGAGUGAAACCUCGGAAGGGAGUUACUAUGGAAGAUGUUCCACAUUCGAAAUAUUUAUCAAGCAACGUCAGCAGAUCCAAAGUAAAACCUAGGAAGGGUGUUGGACCUUACGCAUCGCCCACGGUUAUUUCAUUACAAACGGAGACUGCAUCGCCUGAGAUACAGACCAGCACCGCCUCAGCGAACAAAUACCAUUCCGUGUCCCCCUCAUUAUUACCCCAAAACGAUGAGCUUCCAAAUGAUAUGCUGUCGGAUUUAAAAAAGAUUUUCGAAGAUGAUCCCAGUGUGCAAAGUUCAUCAGUUCAUUCAGUUUCUGAAGAAAUUAAAGUUUCUCCUACUGUUUCCAGUAAUGUACCAGGAAGUUCCUCACAUAAAUACGCAUCAUCGUCAGCAACAGAAUAUAGAGUUUUACCUUACACUCUAAAAUCUAGUAUCGGAUCUCAUGCUGGCACUACACAACCAAGUUCACUUCAUUCUUCAAUCUUAGAAGCAUCGUCCAUUAAACUUUUGUCUGAUUCUGCUGCUAUAUAUACCGUUAUGCCUCCUUUGCCGAUCUCAUCCUUUACAAGUCAAUCAAAGUCCGACUCAUCUGUUGCAGCUUCUUCUGUUUUAACGGCGAAAGCACCAAUUUUGACUUCAGACGAAAAGUUGCAGAGCGAUGAAGAAUCUGAAAAUGAUCGAAAGUAUAAGUCUUCCAUGCAUUUAGUAUUGUCUCUUGUAUUUGGACUCUUGGUUCUUUUUGCUGUGCUAGGAGUUGUCGCCAAAAGAGUCUACGACGGAUGGUUGCGACGAGACUACUAUAGAAUGAACUAUUUAAUUGAUGGCGUAUACAAUGGUUAUGGGUGACUGAAAGAGUUCCCAUUUUAUUAAAUUGUCGCCAAAUAAAUCUCUCGUUGUCAUUAUCUAAAUAUGUUUGCCUUAGACUUGGGACCAAACAAGCAAGUAUUGAGAGCAAACGCUAUGUGAUUUUAUACUAAGUGUACUAAUAUGUUCAUAUGUACAUGUGCCUGAUACGUUGAAACAUCUGUGAUCAAAUUCUUUAAUGACCAGAAUAGGACUCUUAACCAUAUGUGGCACUGAAAUGAUAGAUAUCAAUACACGCAGCGAAAACUGAAGUUAAGGCAGAACAAUUUCACUUUUAUUUCGGAGCUUCAAAUUUUUAAAUGUUUUCUCGAUGGUAGUCUACAACUAAAACUACGACGAAUACGUUACAAGAAAAGUGCCGAAUACAUCAUACAUAUUUUUCCCUAAAAUAUUUUUACAAAUUUGUCGAAUACUUUUUUCUUUUAUUUUUGUAGAGUACUCUGUCGUGAAAUAGCAACAGCUAUACAAUUUCUGUCAUGCGCUAUAUUUUAAGAAAGAAAUCUUAACUUCUUAGAGAGCCAUUGUCUAUUUUUAGUAUUAAACAAAUGUUCUAAUUAGUGUUUGGUUUCAGUGAUCUUAUUCUCUUUAAUCUUAAAAUAUUGUAAAAACCUUUCCAUCUUAGAAUGAUUGUUGCAUUAACGCAAACAUAACAUGAAAGAUUGAAAGAGUUAACUGUGGCAAAAAGUGCUCUUACUCAUUUCUUGUAUAUACCAUUGCUUCGAUAUAGCUGUACGUCUUCAGCUGGAUCUUAAAAAAAUAAAGAAUAUAGCGAAUAUUUUAUCGGAUUUAUUGUACGAAAACGUAUAUCUGUGACUGGAGACUUAUAUAAUGUUCUGGAAGACAAUUUUAUAUAAAAAUCGAAAUUCUGAAAUCGCUCUAGUACCCUGCUUUCGAAUGCAUACAUACUAUGCAGCAAAAAUAAUUUUCAUUUUCGAUAAUUGCUGAGUUGUUCUGUAAUUAUUAUAACUGAAGCGUGUGGCUAUUAAGUACUUCGUUUCGUUUAAUAACUAAGUGAAAUGUUUCCGUGAUACAAAAGAACGGGUCCGCCAGUAAUCAAUUUCGAAAUCCUUUAUCUAUCAGAGCUUGCAAUUUUCUUUUAAUUUAAUUUUGUAUCUAUAAUUUUCCUAUGGAAGUAACCGGUAUGCAAGUCAGAUGUAAUAAAAAAUAUGAUAUAUUUUUAAAAGAAAAGUUUUUCAUUCUUAUGCUGUUUCGUUAUAAUAUUCCAGAAAUUGAAUUUAGAAUCGAGGAUAGUUCAAAUUUUUCAAUGUUUCAACACAAGUGUUAAUGUCAUAUGAGGACGAUUUGUUAUAUAAAUUAAGUUCGUCUUUCAAUGUUUAAAGAAAAAUAGUAUUUUUUAUGACCAAACAUUGCAAUCCGGAUGGAACCUUACAUCAAACACUUAGCGGAUGCUUGCAGGGUCACCAAUACUCUGAUACAUUUGACUGAGGAUUCUCCAAUGAUACUGAGAAGAAUAAUAAAUAUAAAAUGCGUACUUACGCCAUAUAUAAAAUAUGUAGCAUAAAUGUUGCUUUAGCGUUGUACUGAAGUUAUUAAGUUAUUCGUUUUAAAUUUAAUUUUUAUUUAAGAUGUUAUUUUUUUAACAAAACUUCCUUUAAACAUCACUCAAGAUGUCUUGAAAUCAAAGCUUGUUUUUGAUUAUUAAUGUCAUCGAAUCAUGGCUGUAUUUGAAAUGGUUAACUGAUGUCGUUAAGCAGUGACUGUUUAUGUAGAUUGAGUAAUUAACUAAACUUACAUAAUAUGAUUACUGUAAGCUUUAAUGAUGUAGAACAGAGUUAAUGUCUAUAUAAACUAUGUAUUUUAAUUGUAUGUUAACUUUUAUCUAUGUUAAUUGAGCUCAACUAUUUAAACGGUCACUGUCUUGUCUUAAAGCAAUGAUUGUUUACAUAGAUUACACGAUAUGAUUGUUGUAAGCUUUAAUUAUUUAUAAUUGAGGUAAAAAAGUAUAAAGCAAAAUAUAAAGCUAAAGCAAAAGAUAUCUGUGGAUAUAAAAUAUUUCGAAAACUUCGAUACACAAAAUUUUAAAAAGUAAAUUCUCCCCCCCCCUUUUUUUUUUUUUUCUUCCUCCCCAGUUUAUUGAAAUAAUUUUUUCUCCUUCGAGAUUCGCUUAUCAGUUUUAAUGCCUCUUUCUGAAUUCUCGAUUUCCAGAAAUUAUGCGACCUGCCUUAAAUCUGUUUAUCCUGAAUAUUUCAUAUAAGGAAUGUUUUCCAUAUUCUCUGAAGUUUUCUCAAAAUAUAUUUAUUUCAAUUUACUCAGCUAGAAAUGCAUAAUAGUAAAAAUAUUAUCUGGCUAAUAUUCUGUAGAUAAUCCCAAACAAAUUUUUCAAUGUGAGUUUUUACUCACUAGUGGCGAACGUUGUGACGAAUUUUGAUCGCAUAUGACGGACUUUGAUGUAGGUGGCAUUUGGGGCAGUGAAUUCACAGUUGUUUUGACCAAUUAAUUAUGAAUGUGGAAAGAACAAACAACAAACAAAAAAAAAAAAAAAAAAAAAAAAAGCUCGAAACCUCAAUUGGGUAUCAGGAGAUUAUAAGAAAAAUGCGGUAAAAUUCUGGUCUAAUAUAAAAGACGACUUUUAAAAUUUCAAAAUGCAAUCCGGAAUAUAUUCAAAAUAAAAUUAAGUAAGUGAAAAAUUUAACAGCUUUUUUUAUUUUAAAAUAAGUACAUGAUUUCUUAAGGAAAAUCACGAAAACUCCCAUGCAGCUCCUUCACCGUGAACCUGCAUCGAACAGUCUGUGUUCAACAAUUUUAUUCUUGGCCGGCGAAGGAUUUUAUUUUUAAAACGUUUUUGUAUUUCCAUUCAGUUCACUGAUUGCAGCUGGUGUAAAACAAAUUACUAUUUUUAUCAUUAUGUUUGAUAUCAAGUAUCGUGUAUACUGCUCUAAAAUGACUAAAUAUGAACAUCUCUCUAUGGUAAAAUGAUUUACAGCAUUUCUUGUAUUCUGACCUAAUUUUUCAAGAAUUAAAUUUCUAUAAAUUCUACACUAUAUUUCAUUUUAAGUUAUUUUAUAAUGACUGCCAAAAUGUUUGUUUCAUAUUUUAUCUCUUCAUUCAUUGUUUUAGAUUUUCUUUGCGUGAAUCGAUCAGUUUGGCGACCUCCCGAAUUUUCAAACCUGCAUUUUGAAUAUUUUGAAAUUUACCAAAUAAGGCUGUGUAGCCAAAUAUCUCUGUUUUUAGAAUUUUAUACUUUCCUGUCAUUAAUGACAUGAGUAAUUAAUGUUUUUAUUAUUACUUAUUUAUAGAUGAUUAGAUUCUAUUAAUUUUGUUUAGAAAAAUUGAGAGUUCAGAUUUGGAAGACUUUCCUUGUUUUAAAAUUGAAAAGAGUGUGUAAGUGUUUUAAAAUUGAAAAGAGAGUACACUUUUUUACUGUAAUAUUUUCAACGUGACAUUUUGUAAAUCUUAAACUCGAAAAAACGUAGUUGGUAGUUAUGUAACGUUGUGUAUAAAACGUGAAGAAAAGCUUUAAAAGUUGAAUUGAUGUUUUCUGCAUAUUAUGUGCAAUACUUACACUACUCAGACUUGCUUGCUAUAUUAUGUGCAUUAACUACAUUGCUCAAAAUAAUUACGGAAUAUUAUGUUUUGGUAUAUAAACUGCGGACGAAGAAAUGUAUUGGUGGCUGAUAUAUGAUCUAUAGGUAUUUUAAGAUAUGAGAAAAUAAAAAAAAAGCAACGAAAAAGAGAUACUUAAAUUUUAUUGACGAUAUUUGUCGGUAAACAAAAAAUGCAUAAUUUGAGCAUAUUAUACAAAUAAACAAAAAAAAAUGUGAUUUCUGGGUACACAUGAGUUUCAAUAAAGAGUAUGGUCUCCCCUCACCGAAAACAGUGUCACACACCUACAAGCUAUAGAAUCGAUGAGGGACUGGGAUAUUCUCUUCCACUCUUGUAGAAGAGAGCUUUUAAACUGCUGAAUUGUUUCUGGGUGUAUAGGUGACUAUCAACCUUUCUUCCUAAAAUGUCCGAAACAUGUUCUGUUGGGUUCAUAUCUGGGAAAUAUGCUGGCCAAUCCAUUCGGAUUCCAUCGGCGAAAAGGAUAUUGUCCACUAGUUGAGCAAGAUGUGGCCUGCGAUAUCUUCCAUGAGAAUGAAUUCGUCCCCGAUUGUUCCCGCGUGUAGGACCACAACAUAUGUGAAGAUCUCAUUCAUAUAUCAAUGAGCUGUUAGUGCUCCAUUUCUGAUAAUAUGCAGUUCGGUGCGGCCGUUGAUAGAAAUACCGGCCGAGAAUGCCAGUAUGCCUCCGCCAAAUCGGACACGUUCCUGCAUAAAUGUACCAGGUUUUCUCCAGAUGAGAAUUUUCCUGUUGUUAGGUUGCACACUUCAGCGGACUCAUCCUUGAGUAGCAGUUUGUUGCACUCAUCUCGUGCCCAUCUGAGAUGCUUCUGUUCCCACCUUCUGCGGGCAGUGUGGUAGCCCUGUGUCAACGAAACACAAACCAUAGAUCUGUGAGCAUGCGAACCUACGUCGUGGAGUUGGUUUCGGACAGUUUGAGUCAACACUCUGGUACCACUAGCCGUCUGAAUGGGCUGUUGGAAGAAAGUUGCUUUCAUAUUUGGGUUUCUUCUGGCGUUAGUGUUAAAUACCGAUCCUUACUUUGUAUUGCUUUAGAAGUGCAACCUUUUCCCAAUCUUUUCUGAACAUUUCCAGUUUCCAAAAACUGAUUUCCAUAGUCUGUAAAUAAUAUUUGGAGUAAUUCCUAAUGCUUCCACUACAAGGGAUUGCGUUUGAGCCGCCUCUAAACGAGCGACGGACCACCAGGUUGUAGAUUCAACAAAGUCUUUUGCUGAGACAUGUUUAUUCUUACAAAACAUGUCUUCUCUUACGGCAGGUAUGCUGCAGAUUCCUUUUCAGUCCUUAUCUAAAACGCGUAGUUUUCGACGUCACUGCAUAUUCCUAACUUUGUAAACGUUAUAACUUUCCUUUUUAACCUCUUUUGUUUCAUUUUUAUUAAAAAAGUUGUCGAUUAUAUGGUUAUUUCAUACCGAACUCAAUACCGAUACAGAACCGGUUAUUUCAUACCGAACCAAUAUCCCCUAAUUGUUUUGACCUUCGUACUUUGCAAUUGCAUAUACCAGGAUUAAACAGCUAUAGAUAUUUCAGGAAGAGUCAAAAAUAUGGCUACACGUUACUUAACUGCAGUGUAUCUCUAUAUUAGUAUAGAAAAGUAGUAAAUUCUGAAACUGUAUUUUUUUCAUUUCAAGUCGCGCAAGCAGUGGCCGAGUAUGGUAGUAAGACCGCUGAAUGGCGACCCGGAUUCAAUCCUAGUCGAACGAACGGUAUUUCUACAUGGUUGGUUUUUCCCAUAUGUAACAUGAAUACAAACCAAUUUCCCUUGGAAAUUCCUUUACAAAGCCAUCCCUCCCCUUGAGCAUAUAGCCCUCCUGGCACACUUUGCCGUUUUCAACUUACCCAGUAAUACUCACAGGCUCGAGCUUGCAUCAUUAGCCAAGAUAGCGCUACAAUUGCAGUGGAAAGGUACAGUUACAGUUGCAGCCUACUCAAUUGCGUACAAAAAUGAUCCUAGAAUAAAAGGAAUUUCGUAAAAGUACUUGCAUCAACGCAGCAACAUCAAAAGUUGUCUGAGACAAUAAAGUGCCUCUGUGUGCAAUUAUAAUGUGUUGUUCUUCAGUAUGAAAACCAGAUUUUCCAAUGGUACUACUGCACUUUCGUAUCCAUAAUACUAUCAUCACACAAUGCGAUUAAACAUGUAGCCAUGCUUUGGACUCGCCCUGUGUUUCAAAAUUUCAGUAUAAAUAUGAUUUUCUAGCGAAAAUGUGGUACAAAUCCUAAUGUAAUUUUCUGAAAGGAAAGGGCGUUGAUAUGCAGUUUUUAUAAUGAUAUAUUGGCUCGAUAUUGAUACGCAGUUUUAUCAUUGUGUUAUUGUAGAAGCAGCUGAAUGGUUAUCGAUUUUAUUCUUAUCCCUCAUUCCCUCAAACGUAACUUCUUGGUAAUUUUAAUGUAAAUGCGAGUGUGUAGUUAUGUGAAAACUUUGCAGCUGAAAACGUGUGCCUUAAUCUUUUUAUUGAUUACACUGUUUCUGGCACACGAAUUUUAAAAAUGUACAACAGAUUUUGUUUCUGUUUUAUCAGUAUACAAAAGCUGCUGCUUUGUCUUUUAUUUAAUUUAAAAAUUAUGAUGAGCUAUUUCUGUAAUGGUUAAUUUAACAUAUUUUUGUUUCACAGCUCUUAUGAAUAUGAAUACUUUGUACAACAAAUACGACGAUAUAUGUAUGUAUGUUGAUGUGCACAUUUGUGUUCAAAAUGAAAUAAAAUGACAGCUGUUUUUUUUGUGAGAUUAAAAAACUGAAUUUUAUAUUUUACUGCUUACUGGGUGUCGUCAUGCCUUCGUUGUGUGUAGAAUGCCUGAUCAUGUGUGCAACUAAUGAAAAUGCAUGUGUAUAAUGCAGUCAUAGUUUAAAUAAAAGUUAAUUUUUUUUAA